GACUCUCUGCUCUCACUGCUUAGGUUCCAGGUUCUAUCCCUGGUCAGGGAACUAAAAUCCCACGGGCUGCAUGGCAUGGCCAAAGUAAAAGUAUUAUUUUGAAUGUUAAUAAUUAUUGAAUAUAAAAUUUUUAUUGGACCAUUGGUGGGGUUGAAUUUUUCCAAAUAAUUAUGUCAUCUUUGGAUGAAUAUUAAUAAUUGCUUAAAUGAGACUAGUCUCAGCAUUAAUCUUUUUCAUUGUUAUGGACAAGCUCUGAGAAACCGAAUUUGCAUAAAUUAGAAGGGAGAGAAAUUUCUUUAUAGGAAUGUCAGCCAAUUAUUUGAAUACCUCUGAGUUAUAUGAUUAAAAACCAUAUAAGGAUUUAUCAUCCGAGAUUAUUUUCAGUGAUCUAUUAGCUGGUAACUUAAUUAAGUCUUCCUUCAAUUUUGUUGAAAGCAAAGAUUUGGAAACCAUUCAACCUGUAAGGGAUUAGUUACCCAGUCCUAUGUGUCGUUCUCAGCUUCUGGGAUUAUUGCCAACAAAGCUUUGCAAAGAUUUAUCAAAUGAUUAUUAUUUCUGCUUCUGUUUCUUAGAGGCCCCUUGUUUAUAUAUAUUCAGGAGGAUGUGGAAAGUAAAAGUGUUAAUUCUAAUACACUUUUUUGCUAAGACAAUUCUUUGGACCAAAUCCUCUUAAAUAUGUAUUUGGUGGGGAGGGAUGAACUGGUAGAUUGGGGUUGACAUAUACACAGUACUAUAUAUAAAAUAGAAAACUAAUAAGAAUCUACUGUAUAGCACAGGGAACUCUACUCGAUACUCUGUAAUCAUCUAGUAGAAGAAUCUAAAAAAGAGUGGCUAUAUGUAUAUGUGUAACUGAUUUACUUUGCUGUAGAGCAGAAACUAAUGGAGCAUUGUAAAUCAACUAUACUCCAAUAUAGAUUUAAAAAAUAAAUAUAUUUUAAUUGACAUCUUGGCAUUGUAAACUUAACCCAUUUAUCAACAACAUCUGUGACAUUCUUAUUGGCAAAGCCAGCCACCAUUGUUAAACUAAUCAGCCAACUCAUAUUUCUAUCAGAAAAGGUUUCUCAUUUUUCAAGUAAUCAUGUUAUUUCAUGUCUUUAUGAUAACUGUCUUCUGAAUUUUAAGAAACGUGGAUAAGAUGAGGAGUCUCUCUCUCCUGGAUGAAUUAUGAUAGAAAGAUUUUCACUAUUUCUCAAUGAUGCUCUUUUUGAUUUAUUCUCAUGGGACUCUUUUUCACAUAUGAUGUAUUUUUUACAAUACAGGAUGGAAGAGCUCAUUAAGUUUAAAAAUAAUUGAGAAUUUUCCUUUCCUUUGGCACCUUGCAGUUCUUACACUCCGAGCCAAGUAUUACAGCAGGACUGGGGCUGAAUGAGAGUAGGCCUUUCUUUUGCAUCCUGGAACUGGCAUUACUGCUCAAUCACAACAGUUUUUCUAGGGAAUCUGUUAUUUGUUACCACAAUGAAAAGUUAUGAGAAUGAUCUGAUAACUGACAAGCUUCCCAAGCUCAAGAGCUCAAGAGAAUGGUUGGAGCCACAGCCACUUUCUUUUAUGGAGGUAUUAGCUAAGGAAGAUGUUGAUGCAGCUAUUCAAUCAAUAUUAUAUAGAGAAAAUUAUAUAAUUAAGGAAUUAGAUAAGUGUUUAAAACAUCAUGACUUCUUAAAUGCAAGAAGAAAAGAGAUAUUGUAUAAGAGAUGGGUUGACCAUGUGGCAGAUCCUCUCCAGAAGAAAAUUAUAGAAAAAGUUACUUCAUAUAAGAAGAUUAAAAAAAGGAGACAAGAAGAAUUAGAUGGUUUUUUAAAAUAUGUAAAUAAAAAGGGAAAUGCAUUUAUAGAGCAUUAUGAUCCAAAAGAGUAUGAUCCUUUUUACACGAACAAAGAGGACCCAAAUUUUCUGAAGGUUACCAUCCCACCAUUUCGUGACCCUUUGAAAAAGGCACAAUAUGACAAAGAUGAUGGGAAAAGAAUUCUUCUUCAGUGUGAGACUGGCAAAAUAUAUACAAUGAAAGAAUUUAAAGAGGUUGAGAAGGCCAAACUGCAUUCCAGAUUCCCAGGAAUUUCUAGAUCAAGGCAUUUAAUGACUCCAAAUGAGUGGAUUAGACUGCCUCCAAACUACAUAGAAAGUGAAUUUUGUAAAAGGAGCAGGUUAAAAAUAAAAGUGAAUUUUAAUGAAAGCAGUUUUGACUUGAAACCUUUGGCAAGAACUCCUCAUCUGGAAUUCCAAAACGAAGAUAAAGCAGUUAUUUAUAAGGUCAUCCUUUCUAUGUUAUCAGGAGGGAAGAAUCCAAGUUCCAAAGAAGCCAACUCUAAAGAGCACCUUUCUUCCUUGAACUUCCUUGAGCUAGGAGGAAGACGGGGAUUGGGACCAGGAUGCAGCGAGAGCUGGGGUUUUAGCAACCAAGGAGUACACACCCUGGUCCUUGACUGGUCAAAGAGGACACAAAAGAAGGCUGCUUCAAAGGAAGCCAUCUGCUGCAGGAAGCGCUCAGAUUGAGGACCAAGGAAAGCAUUCAAGAAAUGUUCUCUAAGAAAAGCAUCUGCAAUGAACUUUGUCUUUGAGUCUAAUUGUCUGUAUGAUAAUUAAGAAAUGACCAUACUAUAUAUUGACAGUUAUUGCAAAUGUAUUUCCCACAGGAGUUAAAUGUUGCCUCAGAGAUAAAAUAAAAAUAACUGUUGCCUUAUUUAGCACUCA